UGGACCUUAGUACCUUUUACGUGUUUUUGUUUUCUUUAGUACUGAACCGUAGUCAACUAGCUAGCUAGCAGAUAAAACGGUAACAUCUAUUAUGUUACAUGUUCUUUGUUUUAGCUUUCUUUCGUGCAUAUUUCAAAAUAUAACGUUAUACUUUUUGGUUUGGGAGUUAAACCAAACAGAAAAGUACAUUCAAGAUUUAUAAUUGACAACGCAGUCAAUACGACCCAAAUCACGCAAAUGCCGAUACGCGCGAGAAACUAAUAUUCUCAUUAAGAGAACAACCUCUGUGUUUGGCUAAAGAUGGUGGGGAAUUUGCGGGGGGAUUUUUACUUGACUAUUAACGUUACAAAUGGGAGGUUUUAAAUUACUAACGGUAGAGGUCCCCAGGUUACACUACUCCCGUGCGAAUAGGGUUAUUUGUUACAAAUGUAACACUGCAAUAAUAUUAACAAUGGCAUUGUGACACGAAUCCCCGCAUAACCAUGGGUGUAUUAUUAACGCGUAUAACACGUUAGUAACGUUUCGUUGGAUCCUGGUUGGACAUUUUACAUGUGUUUGUGUAUUUUCCCGACAGCACAUGAAGGCAUCAUUUUUGCGUCUGCCGUCAUCAGGGAAGGUUCUGACGAUAUUCAGUCAGUAUUCACACAAAUGCUGUGCACGAAUGUAUCUGUUGAAGUGAGAUGUCUGCUCUUCCUUCAGAGAUGGAUUCUCAGAAUUCAAACCUGAACUGUGCCAUAUGCCUGGACCGUUUCCGGAUCCCUGUAACCAUCCCCUGCGGUCACACCUUCUGUCAAGACUGCAUCAACCUUCACUGGGACACCAAGAUCAAGUCUGAUAUCGGACCUCACUGUCCAAUCUGCAAUGAGAAGUUUGCUACCAGGCCCAUUCUCAAGCGUAAUGUGUCCAUGUCAGUCUUGACUGAGGCUGUGAAUACUGGCCCCUCCUGUAGAGAGUCGCUUAUGAGGGGAAGCGAAGGGGCGAGAGCCUUGCUGCUGUGUGAUCGCCAUAAAAAGCCUUUGGUUUAUUACUGCAGGCAGGACAAAAUGUCUGUGUGCUGCCAGUGUGGCAUCUCUGAAUGCGCGAACCACGACAAGGUGUUGUUGGAGGCAGAAAGGGAAAACCAAGAGCUGCUGCUGGAAAGGAAGAGAAAGGAGGUGGGGAAACUCACUGAAGAGACGCUGAAAAGUAUAAAUGACUUGGCUGAAAAUAUCAAUCAAGCAAAGGUGACUCUUCAGCAGACUUCCACCUGGGUCAAUGUCAAGUUCUCCACCCUGAUUAAAAUACUGGCGGAGAAGCAGGAGGCUACAGAGCUCUUCACAGAGGAGCAGAAAGAAGCUGCCAUCACUGAGGCGGAGGCACGGCUAGCUGAACUUAAGGAGCGCUCCCAGAUACUCGAAGAGAGCCGGGAACAGAUAGCAGCUGUACUUAAGCUCUCUGAUACAGAGCUCAUCAAGGAAUCAAUGGUCAUAGAGGUCCCGCGUUUCAAAGAUAUUCCCACAGAUGUAACAACAAACCUUCAAGAGCGAUUAAACGGUGUCACAGAUGUCCUUUCCCGAGUCUCCAAGCUGGUGUCUGAGGACCUAGAGAAAGCUGUGAGCACCGCUGUGGGUCCGGACAAAGAUGGUUCUCCUCAAGAUAAGAGGCCGAUUCUAGCUGUGGUUCCCAGUCCAGCUGCUCCGUGCCACCCUGGUGGGAAGGAGGGCCUCAGUGCUUACCGAUGCUCUCUGACCUUUGACCCUCGCACGGCCAACGGGCACCUGUGUCUGUCCCAGGAGAACCGGAGGGCAGAGCACCUGACCACCGGGCCCCGCCCCGUCCCAGCCCAUGAAGCGCGCUUCGAUCACACCUGGCAGGUGCUCUGCUUUCAGGGCUUCAAAAAUGGACAGCACUACUGGGAGCUGGAGGUGUCCAAGCCCUGGGCCUACCUCGGGGUAACCUACGAGACCAUCCCCAGGAAGGAGAAGGGCAAAAGGUGCAUGGUGGGUAUGAACGAACUGUCCUGGAGCCUGCAACUGGACGAGCAUCAGAUCAGCGCCUGGCACAACGGCCGGCGGGAGACUGUGGUCGGCCACUCCCAGCACAGCCGCAUCGGCAUGCUGCUGGACUACGAGGCGGGGACGCUCACCUACUACGGAGACGGGCAGACCAGGCUCCACGCCUUCCACUGUGCCUUCAGCCAGGAGCUGUUCCCCGCCUGCUGGAUAGGAGAGGGGGUCAGCAUCACCCUCUGCUCCACAUGAGCUGACUCAUAAAGAGAAGUGAAGAAGAGAGCUCAGUAAUAAGAACCCCCCUUUUCAAUCUCUUUGUUUUUAUAAUGACUGCCUUCCUACAUUGUUUUAAGCAGAAGAACUGGCUGUGAUGGGCCUUCCUUCCCAAAACUGUCGACCUGGCUUUGACUUAUUCACAUAACCACAUGACAAUAACAUAGCUAAGGAAAGGCUCACAAAACCUGGUUCUAAAGGGCGUUAGGGUUCAAUUUUAAAGGCAGAAUGAGUAGGAUUUUCUUGAAAAUCAAUGUAUAGACUCGUACAAAAAUAACUCCUUUUAAUCAUGACUUAGGGAGCCACCCAAAAUGUGUGGCGUGCUCUGUAAUUGCAGAGAGACCCUGCACUCCCUGCCUGUAUUUUCUCUUUUUUUUGCUGUGAUGCUAGGGGUGUUUCUGGGCGUCAGCCUUUGGGCACUGGGUGUGUAGCCCCCAGCCACAGCGCUGGACUCAACCAGUUGCCAAAUCGUAAGCACUCACCCAACAGCAAGCUACAAAUGGCGGACACAGCGCUUAAAAAAAAAAAAAAAAACACAAAUACAUCGAGGCCAAACGUCAAGCAGACAAAGCUUGUUCCAAAAGGAGGGGGAAUCUGGGGUGGGCUUUCACACGCUGGCGAGCACUGAAGGAGAGGAUGGGGAUGAAGAGCAACCGUGUGAUUCUUGUGUCGUUGAGCCGGGGAAGUGGCCCUUCCUCCUUUCGAUGUUGUGUUUAAAAAACCCGCAACGGACAAUUCCUACUCAUUCUGCCUUUGAGGACAGCGCUACUUAGCUUGUAGGAAAUAACCCUCAGUUGUAGAUUGUCUGCUUUCAGGUACGAAAAGACCAAUCUCCUCAACUCAGUAGAUGAUUGUACAUUCACUACACAAAAUUGAGUUUCCUUCUUCUACUGCAAAGCAGUACACAUUUAUUACAGAUGGUUGGGGUUGGUUUCAGGCAAGUUACUCAUUAUAAAAUACAUAGAUUCAUACAAUUCACACAAAUGCAGGUCAUGCUGCUGAGUCAGUGUUUCUAAGGAGCCGAUGAGUACAGUGUUAUCAGUUUAUCCAUUGUGUUGCUUUGAGAGGGCUGGACUACGACUAAACUGACAACUCCAGCAUUAUUUUACUUAACCCUAAACUGUUAAAUAAGUGCCAUUUGGCUGGUCUUACAAAUACAUGACCACGAAAGGGCGACGGUAUGUGCUGCCAUCUUGUGUCAGAUUUUACCAUGCCUGACUCUAGUCUGCUUGGAACAAAGUUCAUCAUCUUUGGGAGACCUGCUUAUUCGCUUUCUUGCCCCGCAGAUCAAUACCACCUUCCAGACAUAGAAGUCAUCGCUGUAAAAUACAUACAACAAAGAUAGAGACCUUUUUGCAAUGCUGUGAGAAGCCAUUUGUUGAGGAAUUGCUAAAGCAUAACUUAACAUAACCCUAUUGCUGUUGGAAAAAAAGAAAAGAAAAUGGCACUUGUGUGUGCACAAACCUCUCAAAAACUUUUUUCUAAUAGUUUUUUUUUAUUUCUGGGCAGAAUUCAAUCCACAGAAGGAUGUGAGCCAGUUCAUAUUGUGGUGCGAAGAGGACAAAGAGCCACUGCAGGGUAUAGUUUUGAGACAUUGUCCUGUUAAAAGAACAACCCAAAAUCAAUAAAGACAUUGUUAAAAAAGAAGAAAAACAAAACUCCUUAAGUGAUUAGGAAAAAAAAAUAAAAUAAAAAAAGUCGUUGUGGGCUGUACAUUACUCCUGAGAAUACAAAACUGAAAAUGGAUCACAGUUUUUAUCAUCUUGGGAUCUUGGCAUGAACGCACAAAUCACCCGGUUUUAAACCUGUGAUACUGACAGUGUUAUGAUGGAAUCUGCUGUACUUUUUUUUUUUUUUUUUUUAAAUCAUGAGCACUUAGAAGGCAUAGCUGUGACCUUUUGGAAUGUUGAGGUACUCGAGGCUCGGGACAUCAUGCGUCUUUGGGAAACUGCGGUGGAUUUGCACAAGAUGUCCAGAAGCGCAGACGUGGACUACUGACUCCGAGAAGGGAAAAGCACAUUUCCAGGCUGUUUAAGCCUAAUGACAUAACAUAACCCCCUCCUGCUGACUCUGGAAUAUGUUUGUGUUAUGUAUGCUAAUGCACUAUGCUGUGGUUAAAGUAGAAUACCCAUCAAUGUGUGAUUAUAGCAAUGCUCAGUGUAGAAAUACAGACAAAGACAGUUGUGUUUCACAUGAAUCAAGAUCCAUUUAAUAAAAUCCAAUCCAAUGCA